AUGAACCCAGCAGCGGCGAUCAGCAGGGCGCUGGUGCACCCCCCAGUACAGGCCUGGCGCUCCUACCUGGGCCACCUUGAGAGGAACCCCCGCGCCACCAAAAGCACAACCUCUGUAGUGGCCGCCAUCCUGGGCGACGCCCUUGCCCAGCACAUUUCCAACCGCGACAAGCCGCACUGGGAGUACGACUGGGGCCGCACCGCACGGCUGGCCAUCUUCAACUCGGCGAUGGGCGUGGUUGGACACGAGUACUACAGAGUCCUGGACGGGCGCGUGAUGCCGCACGCCGCCAAGUCGCCGCGCGCAGUCGCCACCAAGAUUUGCAUCGACCAAUUCCUGUUCGCCCCCGUCUGUACUGCCAUCUUCUACGCCUACAAGGUGGCAACCGAGGGGCGGCCAAGCGAUUACGUCAGCGAGGUGCAAGAGAAGUUUGUUCCAACCAUGCUGGCGGGCUACAAGCUAUGGAUUCCUGCUCACGUUGUCAACUUUGCACUGGUGCCCAACCGCCAGCGCAUUCUGUAUGCGAAUGUGGUAUCCAUCUUUGGCACAUACAUUCUGUCCCGUGCCCAGGCGGGCGACUACACCUCCAAGCCUGCAGCGGAGACUCAGCAGGUGCAUCCGCAGGUGGUGCGCCGCCGCGGCGGCGAGGUGGUGGGCUUUGAAACUGUGAUGCUGAAGGAGGACUAA